CAACCUUGUUCCUGUAAAGUCCCGUAUGACGGGCCGCACACAGACAGUUCUAGACGCUACUCGGCCCGUAAAGUUCCUCCGUUCUAAAAGGUUUUGCCGCUUUCCCAGCCUUUCUUUCGGCGAAUCGACUCGCGCUCUACCGGUUCUGUUGUACUGAACGCUAUCAAAGCCGCAGCAAGUGACCGAAAAGUGGAAAUGGAUUCCGGAGAUAUUCAACAAAAGACGAUAAGUCUCGUCGUAAAAACGCCGAACCAGGCUCAGGAGGAUCAAAUCAUUGAAGGGGUCGAUAUGAAGUGGACCAUUGGAGACCUUAAGGCUCAUUUAUCCAGGGUUUACCCAAGCAAACCGGCUAUAAGUGAUCAGAGAUUGAUCUUCGCUGGCAAACUGCUGCCCAAUCAUCUGCACAUCAAAGAUCUUUUCAGACAGAUUGACUCCAUUCCUACUUUACACCUGGUCUGCUCAGUGAAGAAUCCACCCCAAGCGGCACUAAAGACAAAAGAAACAGAACAACCACAUCCUUCCAGUUUAAGCCCACCUGUUCAGACUCCCGGCACAUCGGAGCUCAGGCAGAGGAGGCAGACAUCUUCAGCAGCCGCUGCUCCCACCCAAACCCAGGCGCCCACGUCUCCGUCUGGAGCUCCUGCAUGGCCUAAUUCAACACUGGCUGCAGCAUCACAGCUGACCCCACCAGCCUUUCCGGCCUUAUCUCUGUACAGCCCUCAGCAGCUCCUCUGGCUCCAGCAUGUCUAUGCAAGACAGUAUUACAUGCAGUACCAUGCAGCAAUGGCAGCAGCCGGCUCUGUUCCCCCAACCACCAUGGUGACCGUUGGCCAGUACCCACCUGUUCCUCCGCACCAGGUUCCUGUCCCCGCCCCUUUAGCCAAUCAGAACCCCAUUGACAACCUGCCAGUGAAUCAGAACCCGGUGCAGGACGGCGCUUUCAUCAACGCGGGGGAAGCCAAUCAGAACAUGCGAAUGAACGCGCAGGGCGGGCCCGUGAUGGAGGACGAGGAGGACAUGGAGCGCGACUGGCUGGACUGGUUGUACUCCGCUGCAAGACUCGGUGUCCUGCUCAUGAUCGUUUACUUCAACUCCAACCUGAGCCGCUUUCUGCUGGUGAUGAGCACGCUCCUCAUCAUGUAUCUGCACACUAUGGGCUGGUUUCCCUUCAGACGGCCAGCACCAGUCCAAGCACCCGACCUGCAGCCCCCUGAGGUCCAACACAACCAGCACAAUGACAUCAGGGACCCGGAGCCCAAUCCUGCUGACGAGCCGGCUGAAGGACAGAUGGAAAACACAGCUGAGGAGUCUGAGGAGCCAAUGGCAGCAGUGUUGGUUCCUCCUCACAGGGUGUCCAUCAUGUGGACCGCCUGGGUGUUCUUCAAAACGUUCUUCUCCUCCCUCAUACCUGAGGUUCCUCAGGGCCUAGCCAACUGAGUCCCUGGGACAGCGGCGGUUACCUUAACACGGUCACCUAAUAGCGCGCGGGGAUCCUACCAGCUCCUGUGUGGAAGUGAAUCUUUUAGGAAGUGGCGCAGCGAACAGCAGCCAGAUGUAGACGCUACCAAAGAAACCAUAAACUGGCAUCUUCUCGCUGCUAGUUUCAGGUUUCUGAUCCACCUUCAUGUUUUAUGCUCCAUUAAAAGCUCUGUAACAGACAGACGGUGGGACCUGAAAGCUAGAGAAUGAAUCUUCCUUCUGCGCUGAUUUGUUAUAUUCAGUUUCCUCUUCCAGUUUUAGGACUUUUAUUCUGAAAGGAUUCAUAUUCCAGUAGAUGAACGAAUGUGAUCUUCACACAUUAGUUUGUUAACCAUAGAUUUUGUUCUAUGAAUCUGUGUUCAGAUUUCUCUCAGUAGCAGGUGGGAGGAAUUUUUAGACGCAGCCUAAAGGACUGAAAUAAGAAAAACUUGUGUUACCAUUUUAACUUAAGGUUCUCAUAUACAUUAUUUUAGGGAUAAAAAUCUAGUAAAAAAUAAAAAAGACUUAAUGAACUUAAUAAAACAAAAUGUCAGACUCGAGGAGGAACAUUUUGUAUUUAAAUCGACUGUAAAGAAACAAGGAACUCAAGUCUUGGAUAAAAACAAGGAAACUUUUUUUAUCCUCUUUUUGUCCCUUUUCAUUCCAGCUUUUAGAAUUUUAGGUGAAUUCUUCUUUUUAUUGAAAAAUUCCACAUAGCCAUAAAUUAAAAAUGUAUCAUUAAAAAAAAAAAAAGCUGUAAAUAUAUUAUGUACACAGCGCACUUUACAUCUUAUGUCUGUCAUAUGCAAGCUUCUGAAUAGAGAGAGGUUAUGAGGUUAUAACUUUAAGGGCUCAGAGCUUUUUCUAGUUUUUUUUUUUUGCACAGAGGAACAGAGAUAAAAAUUACAGAUCAAAUUCAAAGUAAAGCCGUGAAAAUACGUCACUAUGUGGAGAAACUUAAACCAAGGUGAUUUUGUGACUUCAUGAAUUUCUCCACCUCUUCGUUUUUAUCUUCAUGGAAGUAAUGAGCUACAUGUAUGACAGGAACUUUUAUCAUUUCAUCCUUUUGCAUGAAUAUUGAUCUGUAAUCCUGUAUAUUUUCUGAAGCUGUAUGUUUAAGUUCCCUUAGGGGAA